AUGUCACUAUUCACUACUCAUUUCAAACAAUAUGAACGAAUACCAAAUGAAUCACAGUCAUGUUCCGUUGAUCAAUGUUCAAACUUACCGAAUAGUAUAUGUUCUCAUUGUGAUCAACAUUUUUGUCAUGAUCAUUCAAAUGAACAUGAAAAUCGAUGCAAUCAAACUUUGAGACAUUUAACUGAAACCAUUGAUAAACUUUCUAAUCGAAUAACAUCAGUUAAACCCUAUUUUCUUAAUAAUCUUCAACAAUGGCGUAAUGAAUCUUAUCAUACGAUUGAUCGUUAUUAUGAAAAGAAAUAUUAUGAUAUAAUAGAAAAGAAACAAAUAAUUUUAAAUAAAGAACUUGAUGAUCUUCGAAAUCAAUUAAUUACAGAAAUUAAAAAUGAAUGGAAUGAAAUUAAUCAUGAUAUGCAAAUAAUAGAAGUAAAAUUAACUGAACUUGAACAUCUUCGAUUAACAAUUCGUCCAUUAAUUAUUGAAGAUAAUCUUGUUACUUUACAACAACUUUUUCCAUUACCACAUGCAUCUCAUACUAUUCAUUUAAAAUCUGGUAAUGAAAGUUCGAUUGGUAGUAAUGAAAAAUAUCUUCUUGUUGAACGAGAAGGAAAAUAUUUAUGUUUAAUCGAUCGAAAUUUUGUGAUUGUCAAUGAAAUCUUAUUUGAUCACAAUGAUAUUCAUAGUAUUUUUUGGUCAUCAUCAAUUAAUCGAUUUAUUAUUAUUACUUUUAAAAAAAUAUUUACUUUAGAAAACACAAUGAUACUCGAAGAAUGUCCUAUACCAUCUAAUAUAGAUUGGUGGCGUGGAACAUGUUCGAAUGAUACAUUAUAUUUAUCAUCAGCGGAAUGGGGUUCAUCUAUUUAUGAAUUUGAUCUUCGAUCAACAUUUCAAUUUGUUAAAACAUGGCAUUCACCAAUGACUUGUGAAAGAGAUGAAAUUAUUUGUGAUCUUAAAUAUAAUAAUGGUUUUCUUGGUAUACCUAUUUUUAAUAAACAUAAAGAACAAAGUCGUCUUGAUCUACGUCUAUUAACAACAUUAGAUUGUAUAUGGACAAUAGAUAUUCAUGGUCGUUGUCGUUGUUGUUCAAUAAACGGUGAUCAAUGGUUAGUUAUGGAUCAUGAUGAUUGUCGAUUCUUUCAUAUUUCAGCUGAUGGACAACUUUUAAAAAUCGAGAAAUAUGAACAUCAUCAACGAUUAGAAGAUGUUACAACUUGGAAUCAAAAUAAUAUCGUCGUUUUAACCAAGAAAACUAUUAAUAUACACGAACUUCAUUAA